AUGUCGGCCCCGACCUCAGAGCAGCUUCGCCAGCUUGGCGAGCAAGCCCGGCCCUUCGCCCCGGAAACGUCGGAGCGCCGCCCCUCGAUGUUCCUGUCGCUGGCCCCAAAGACGUCUGAUUCAUACCCGCGCGCCCAGAAGUCCAAGCAGCCGAAGCCCGAGGCCCUGACCGCCGAGGCGCUUGCCGAGGUCCCCAAGCAAGACGAUGCUGCCACGUUGGACAUGAAGCGCCGUACUUCCAGCCUCAGCAGCGACGGCUCCAAGAGCCGCCUUCGCUUCCUCAAGCUUGGCCCUGUCCAUUGGGGCGAGCACCAGGACGAGCACGGUGGCGACUUCCACGAGGUCGCUGUCGAGUAA